CCCCGUGAGUCCGUGACCCUGAAAAACCCUCUCAAAACUUGGUUUUGGUCUCCCUCCACUCUCCCGACUCCUCUCUCUCUCUCUCUCUCUCCCGAAAUGGUCCAAUUCCACGAGCACAUCAUAACCGAACUCCUCGACGAUCCUCAAAACGGCAGCGGCCUCGUCGUUCUCUCCUCCGGCCUCUCCCUCCCCAGACUCAUCGCCGCCCUCCUCCUCCUCCACACUCCUUCUCAGGGCACCCUCCUCAUCCUUUCCCCCCACCAACCUUUCUUCAAAUCCCAACUCCUCCACCACUUCCACCCCAACCCCAUCCCCGAAAUCUCCGCCGACCUCCCCUCCCACCACCGCCACUCCCUAUACACCUCCUCCAAUGUCUUCUUCAUCACUCCCCGCAUCCUCAUCGUCGACCUCCUCACCAGCAAAUUACCCACCUCCCAAAUCGCUGGAAUCAUCAUCCCCACCGUUCAUUCCCUCACCGAAACCUCCACGGAAGCAUUUAUCGUCCGGAUUUUCCGCUCCCUCAACAAAACGGCGUUUGUUCGCGCGUUUUCUGACAAACCCCAUUCCAUGGUUUCUGGGUUUGCCAAGGCGGAGAGGAUUAUGAAGUGCUUGUACCUCCGGAAGAUGCACCUCUGGCCGAGGUUCCAUGUGGAUGUGUCGCAGGAGCUGGAAAGGCAGCCGCCGGAGGUGGUGGAUAUACGGGUGCCAAUGACCAAACACAUGGUGGGAAUUCAGAAGGCGAUAAUUGAGGUGAUGGAUGCUUGCUUGAAGGAGAUGAGGAAGACCAAUAAGGUUGAUGUGGAGGAUUUGACGGUGGAGAACGGGUUGUUUAAGUCGUUUGAUGAGAUUGUGAGGAGGCAAUUGGACCCCAUUUGGCAUACCUUGGGGAAGAAGACUAAGCAGCUCGUCUCCGAUUUAAAGACUCUUAGAAAGCUCUUGGAUUAUCUUGUCAGAUAUGAUGCGGUAACUUAUUUGAAAUACUUGGAUACACUACGCGUGUCAGAGAAUUUUCGAUCAGUCUGGAUAUUUGCAGAGUCGAGCUAUAAGAUAUUUGAGUAUUCAAAGAAAAGGGUGUAUCGGUUUGUGACAUCGGAUGGUGUGAAAUUAAGUGAUAAGAGUAAGAGUUCGAAAGGCAAGAAAAGAAAACUGAAAGGGGAUGAUGAUAAUGAGCAAGUUGGAGGCACGUCGUCGACCAGUACAAGUAGUAGGAUAGUUUUAGAUGAAGUUUUAGAGGAGGCACCAAAGUGGAAGGUUUUACGUGAGGUUCUUGAAGAGAUAGAAGAGGAAAGGCGACAGGCUUCGUCAAGAGAGGAACUUUUGGUUGAAGGUGAUGACGAUUAUAGUGGUAUUGUUCUAGUGGCAUGCAAAGAUGAACGUUCAUGCAUGCAGCUUGAAGAUUUCAUCACCAAUGGACCACAGAAGGUCAUGCGGGAGGAAUGGGAAAACUACUUGCUAGGAAAGGGAGAGCUCCGUGACUUGCAUACACGGUAUAAAAAGAAAUCAAAGAAUCCCAAAGGUUUUGGGGUUCUAGAUGGAGUUGUUCACGUAGCACCCCCACAGAAUGCAGAAGCUAGCAGUGUAAACAAGCAGGAACACGAUGCCCUUUUGGCUGCAGCUGCUGAAAUUAGAAAGCGAGCUAAAAAAGAUGAUGCUGUUGGAGAUGAUCCUCAGCUUCUUGUUAGUGGUAGAGGACAUGGAAAGGGAAGGGGAAAGGGAAAAGUAGUUCCUUCAAAAUCCCCACAGAACGCAGAAGCUGGCCGCAUAAACAACCAGGAACAUGAUGUGCUUUUGGCUUCAUCGUCAGAAAUUCAAAGGAAAGCCGAAAAAGAUGAUGAUGUUGGAGCUGAUCCUCCUCUUCUUGUUAGUGGCAAAGGACGUGGAAAGGGUAGGGGAAAAGUGAGGACCAAAAACAGCCUUGCCAAGGUUAAAUGUUUGGGGACUAAAGCCAGUACUAAUGAUAAAAAAGAAGUCAUACCUGAUGAUAAAGCCAGUACUAAUGAUAAAAAAGAAGUCAUACCUGAUGAUCUUGUUAUACCGGAUUCGGAGGAUGAAGGACAAGAAUAUGAACUAAAUCAGGUGGUGACUGCUGAUUCUACUGAACCUACAUGCCAGAUUGACCCUGUAGAUGAAGGGGUGUUGAGGAAGCAUACUGGAGUAGCGGAUUCAACUGGAACAAUAAAUGCUAAGCCACUACCUCCAGUUCACUUUUAUGCUCUAGAAAGUGGUCAGCCUAUACUGGACAUUUUGAGACCCUCUAUUAUCAUUGUUUACCACCCAGAUAUGACUUUUGUCAGAGAAAUUGAAGUUCAUAAAGCUGAGAACCCCUCGAAGUUGAAAGUUUAUUUUAUUUUCUAUGAAGAUUCUUCUGAGGUGCAAAAGUUUGAGGCAAGUAUAAGAAGGGAAAAUGGAGCGUUUGAAUCUUUGAUUAGGCAGAAGUCACUAAUGAUGAUACCAGUUGAUCAGGAUGGGAACUGCUUGGGAUUGAAUUCUUCCCAAGAACCACAAGCUUUGUCAUCCCAAAAUUCUUUAACCAGAAAAGCGGGGGGAAGAAAGGUUGCUGAGAAGGAAAUGCAGGUCAUAGUGGAUAUGAGGGAGUUCAUGAGCAGCCUUCCAAAUGUUCUUCACCAGAAAGGCAUGCGCAUAAUACCCGUAACUUUGGAAGUUGGGGAUUAUAUCCUUUCUCCACUGAUAUGUGUGGAGAGAAAGAGUAUCCAAGAUCUCUUUAUGAGUUUCACAUCAGGUCGUCUUUAUCACCAAGUGGAAACAAUGGUUCGAUACUAUAGAAUACCUGUUCUCCUGAUUGAAUUUUCACAGGAUAAAAGUUUCUCCUUUCAGUCCGCAAGUGAUAUUGGUGAUGAUGUCACACCAAAUAGUAUUAUAUCUAAGCUGUCGUUGCUUGUUCUACACUUCCCCCGGUUGCGAAUCAUUUGGUCCCGCAGUCUGCAUGCUACUGCUGACAUAUUUGCUACUCUUAAGGCAAAUCAGGAUGAACCUGACGAGAGCAAAGCAACUAGAGUUGGUGUACCCUCUGAAGAUGGAAUUGUGGAGGAUGAUGUGAGGGCUGAAAACUACAAUACAUCUGCGGUGGAGUUUUUGAGACGACUCCCAGGUGUUACAGAUUCAAAUUACAGGGCCAUAAUGGAUGGGUGUAAGAGCUUGGCAGAACUCGCUCUUAUGCCGGUGGAGAAGCUAGCGGAACUAAUGGGCGGUCAGAAAGCUGCUCGCAUUCUCAGAGACUUUCUUGAUGCCAAGUAUCCAACUCUGUUAUGAAGAUUAGCAGUCAUCAUAAUACAUAUCUAAUGUAUUCAUUGGUGUAACAUUGCAGUGAUUAUUUAGCUUACGAUUUUGUCAUUUGAAUAUUGUUGUUGGGUUUAAUUUUUUUCAUUUGGCAAUUCAUUGUAUAAUUUGUUGUAAGCACAGGAUAUUUACGAGGAAACUUGUUCAACACCGAGGAUUUUGAUUGCGACUAGCCUUGUCAUUAGAAACUAGUACUGUGUUUGCUAGGAUGUCACUCCCUUGUGCAAACCCACAUUCCCAGUUUCCUACUUCUAAUAACAUGGAAAGCCUAUGUUUAGGUUGUCUUAUUUUGUUUUUAUGAGGAAACUUGCCACUGGAUCUAAUAUAUGGUCCAAGAAUUCUACUGUAACAUUGUUUUGGCAUUUCCUUGAACUACUGAUUUGUUUUUGUGCUGUUUGUCUCAUGCAUAGUAGUUUUUGAAAGGAGGCAUUUCCGGUUUCUAUCUCCCAUACACUUAUUUGAAAAAGGAACACCAGGCAAGUUGAACUUCCCUCAGACUCAGUUGAUCAGGUAGUUUCUGCUUGUUUGUGUAUGGAGGAGGCCUCUACUUGAUUUAGUAUAAGUAUCUUAUUACUUACGUCCAACCCUUCACAUGAUGGCCAAAUUCUAAGUUGCUUCACUAUGUUUAACUUUGGGUUCUGUCACUAGACAGGCCCCGAUAAUCCAGCAUAUGCAACGUCACUUACAGAAUCUGAUAUUUGCUUUACAUGACAGGUUGGAAGAGUGGCCGGCCAGUUUGCAAAGCCUAGGUCUGAACCAUUUGAGGUUAGAGAUGGCGUGAAACUCCCAAGUUAUCAGAGAAACAAUGUCAAUGGUGAUGCUUUCGAUGAGAAAUCUAAAAGACCUGAUCCACAAAGGUUACUCAGAGCGUACCUCCAAUCUGUUGGCACACUGAAUCUCCUUAGAGCAUUUGCCAUUGGUGGGUGUGCUGCCAUGCAGAGAGUCUCAGAUUGGAAUCUGGACUUUGUAGAGCAUAGUGAGCAAGGAAACAGGUAUCUGUUAUAAAUCAUAUCUUGAUUUUCAUGUUGGAACACUUGCAACAUAUCUUUUGGCUAUCUGGCAAUUAGCCAGCACUUGUAGGCAUCUUGCAUCUCCAUCUGACCCAGAAAGCUACAUACACGUCAAGCACCAUAUCAGUAGUCUAAAAUGUUGUCAGUUACACUCUUCAUGUUCUGGAGCGUGCAACAGAUUGCCAAGAUUUGGUCCUUCUUGUAUAAUUAAAGCUCUCGUGUCCUUGGCUACCA